AUGGAGCCGCAGGCGCCCGCUGAAGUGCAAAUGAGCCAGAAGAUUCAGCCUGCGCACGCCAAUGCCUGCGGGGAGCUGAGCGCAGGGCAGCUGCUCAAGUGGAUCGACACAGUGGCCUGCCUGGCAGCUGAAAAGCAUGCUGGGGUGUCCUGUGUUACAGCAUCAGUGGAUGACAUACAAUUUGAGGAGAUUGUCAGAGUUGGACAAGUUAUAACCAUCAAAGCAAAAGUGACUAGAUCAUUCAGCACAAGCAUGGAGAUCAGUAUCAGGGUCAGAGUACAAGACACUUCCACUGGUAUCGAGAGACUUGUCAGUCUGGCUUUCUCAACAUUUGUAGCCAAACCCGUUGGAGACGAAAAGGUUCGGUUGAAACCAGUACCACUUUUGACAGAACAAGAUCAUGUGGAACAUAAUCUAGCUCUUGAGAGAAGAAAGGUGCGACUGCAGCAUGAGAAGACCUUUAACAACUUAAUGAAGGAAAGUAGCAAGUUGGAUGACGGUCAUUGUGAUGAAGAUGAGAGAGCAGUUUCUACGGGGGGAACUGCUGUUCAGAGCAUUGAACUAGUCCUUCCGCCUCAUGCAAAUCAUCAUGGAAAUACAUUUGGUGGCCAAAUUAUGGCAUGGAUGGAGGAAGUAGCUACUAUUUCUGCAAGUCGCCUCUGUGGGAAGCAUCCCCUUCUGAAGUCUGUGGAUAUGUUUAAGUUCCGGGGACCAUCCACAGUUGGAGAUCGUCUUGUCUUCAAUGCCAUUGUCAACAAUACAUUUCAGAACUGUGUUGAAGUUGGAGUGCGCGUGGAGGCCUUCAACUGUCGGGAAUGGUCUGAAGGCCAAGGCAGACACAUCAACAGUGCCUUUCUCAUUUAUAAUGUGAUUGAUGAUAAGAAAGAGCUUGUCAUUUUCCCCAAAAUUAAACCCAUGUCAAAGGAGGAUUUUAGACGAUAUCGUGGAGCAAUUGCACGCAGGAGAAUUCGCCUUGGCAGAAAAUAUGUUACUUCUUAUAAAGAAGAGAUUUCACUCUGUGUGCACUGGGAUCUAAGUAACCAGGUGUCCAUAAGUAAUGAAAAUGUGGAAGCUCUCAAAAAUCUGGCAGCCAAAACUGGUUGGGAGCUCACCAGCGCUGUAGAUAAGAUAAAAAUAUAUACUCUGGAGGAGUACAAUGUUUUAUCUGUUUGGGUUGAAAAGCAUGUGGAAAAAUCAGCACUUCAUGCAUAUGACAUCUUAUCUGACUUUAAAAGGCGACCUUCAUGGGAUACUCAUUGUGUAUCAUGUAAAGUCAUAACCAGUGUGAAUGAAAAUGACCAGAUAUACUACAUCACCUGUCCUGUAAUGAAUGGUGACAAACCAAAAGACUUGGUAGUGCUUGUAUCACGAAGAGAGCCUCUCACAAAUGAAAAUACUUACAUUGUGGCAGUAAAAUCAGUUCUUCUGCCUACCGUCCCACCUUACCUGGAGUAUACCAGAAGUGAAAUCAUAUGUUCCGGAUUUCUGAUUCAUGCUACCGACAGCAACUCAUGCACUGUAUCUUACUUCAACCAGAUUUCAUCUAGUAUCCUUCCUUACUUUGCUGGAAACAUUGGUGGUUGGUCAAAAUCCAUUGAAGAAACAGCAGCCUCUUGUAUACGAUUCCUAGAAAGCAUCUGA